AUGUCAGUCACUGCGGAGCUCUUAACCACAAACAAACUCUCAGAACUAGCCUGCCUGGCACUAUAUCUAAUGUACGAGAAGAAACAAGGAAAAAAAUCUUUCUGGUAUCCAUAUAUAAGAGAACUUGAUCGUCAGCGAGGUCGGGGGCAGUUAGCGGUGGAAUCACCUCUUUUGUGGUCAGAUACCGAACUAAAUUAUUUGACAGGAAGUCCUACAAAGGCUGAAAUUCUUGAGAGGGCUGAAGGAAUCAAAAGAGAGUAUAAUGAGCUCGACACAGUUUGGUUCAUGGCUGGAUCUUUGUUUCAGCAAUAUCCAUAUGAUAUACCCACAGAGGCAUUCCCUUUUGAUAUUUUCAAACAAGCUUUCGUCGCAGUUCAAUCCUGUGUAGUGCAUUUGCAGAAAGUCAGUUUGGCUCGGCGAUUUGCUUUGGUCCCUCUAGGACCACCGCUGUUAUCCUAUAGAAGCAACUGCAAGGCAAUGCUAACUGCUGCUGACAGUGCUGUGCAACUGGUUGUUGACCGUCCCUACAAAACUGGGGAGCCCAUUGUUGUCUGGUGUGGACCACAACCUAAUUCUAAAUUACUCAUAAAUUAUGGUUUUGUUGACGAAGACAAUUCUUAUGAUCGCAUGGUGAUUGAGGCUGCUCUAAAUACAGAGGAUCCUCAGUAUCAGGACAAGAGAAUGGCAGCUCAAAGGAAUGGAAAAUUAUCUGUACAAUUUUUUCGUGUGCAUGUAGGAAAAGAAAGAGAGGCUGUACUAGACAUGCUUCCUUAUCUGCGAUUGGGAUAUGUUUCGGAUCCUUCAGAGAUGCAAUCUGUUCUAUCUUCACAAGGUCCAAUAUGUCCGGUGAGUCCUUGUAUGGAGCGAGCAGUUUUGGAUCACCUUGCUGGCUAUUUUGAAACAAGGCUUGCUGGUUACCCUACUACUGUUGUUGAAGAUGAGGCUUUGCUGGCAGAUUGUAAUUUGAAUCCAAAAAGACGAGUAGCCACACAACUUGUCAGCUCCUUAUGCCCCAAGUUUGAAAUAGGUAGAACCAAUCUAUAUCAUGAUCCUUUUACUGUUGAGGAAUGCCGCACUCUUUGUCUAAAUGGGCAGAAAUAA